AUGACUUUCGUUAUUCGCUAUAUGAAAUUCCCUUCCGCCGUUGAGCAAAAUAUUCGUCGAAUUCAAUCCCAUAGUAAACAUAAUGUGAAAUCGACUGGUUUUAAUCUCGUUAAAUUACUUGUUGAUCAUUUUUUAUACGAGAAAACAGAACUAUCAGCUAAUAUUAUAAUGUCCGAAACACCUCCGCUAAUUGUUAUUGUAUCUGGUGGUGGACCAGUUGGUCUUACAUUUUCGCUAAAUCUAGCUAUGAUGAUGGGGAAUAAGGUGAAAAUAACAAUCUAUGAAGGCCGUUGGUUCAUGGAUGAAAAUGGCAAAGUACGAUGGCGAGAUAAAGAGCAAGGCAAUCGUCGUCGAGAUCAAGUUGUGUCGCUACAAGAUCAUGUGAUUGACCAAUUACCGAAAUAUGUUCGCAAAGGUCUUUUUAAGAACAUUGAUGAACGUGUAUGGCCGAAAUCACGAAAUAUUCCUAUCCGUGAGGUAGAAGAUCGACUGUUUGAAUUAGUUCAGCCGUUUGUCGAAACUGGUCAAAUUCAAUUAGUUCCCGAACGAUUGUCGAAAGAGUUUGAUUGUAUUUGUAAAGGAUCGUUCGAUAUCUUAGUUGGCGCGGAUGGCCUGGAGUCUUUUGUUCGGAAAUAUUCGAACAUUCCGAUGAUUAGUGAAGGUACUGAAAAUGCCUGUGGUGUCGCAUUUAACAUUCCCGAAAGCGAAGAGGGCUUACAUCAAGCAUUAAACUGUAUCCUAACAACCUCUCAAACUCGGUUUUUGGUCAAUUCGUCCUUCAGCCGUAGUGGUUAUUUGAACAUUCGUUUAAUUGAAAGCGAAUUUAAAGAAUUAAAUGAAUAUAUCGAAAAAUGUAAAACUGAAAAUAAACCAUGGAAAUUACCUGAAUAUGACGAUAUGCCAACUACACCGUUGUGGACGAUCAUCCGACAAGGCCUUGAAUAUUUUAAAAUUGCACCGAAAUUUGUAACGAAUCUCGCUCCGAUUCGAAUCAAUGUUUGUUAUACAUCAGUCGUUGUUCGAGAAAUUCAUUUAUCAGAUGAAAGUGAGAAUAAGACAUCGAAAACUGCCUUAGUUUGCUUGAUGGGUGAUGCGGCUAUGGAUGUUCAUUUCUGGUCUGGACGUGGGAUGAACACAGGAAUGAAGGGUGCCAUCGGUUUAGCUCGAAAUAUCUAUCAAUCGUGCAUAUCGAAAAGUUCAUCAGGCGAAAAUGUUCUCCGUUUACGUUGUCCGUUUCUAAAAUUCUUGGAUUAUGAAGGUUUUAUGGCACGUCUUCGUGCACGUGAACUUCAAGGCCGUUCGCUGGAUGUUUUAAUCAUUCCGAUCGAUGAUUGCGUGAUAAAAUCUUACUUUCACAUUCAUUUAACCGAAUCUCAUGCGGGAUACACAAAGAAGUUAGUGGAAAAGUUGAAAAAGACUCGUGAUGCUCUCGAACAACUCCCCGAUUGGCCACAUCGAAAUCGACCGGUCACUGAUGACGAAUUAGAAGCUGUAGCGAAAAGAUUAUCACCGCUUGCUAUUGCUCAAUUAUGUCUAGCCAAUCCAGCUGUACCACGUGAGCUGAGUGAUGUAGAAAUACUCAUUGAAGAUACGUUUCCAUUCGAUACAAAAGAUUAUUCGUCUCUACCGAAAUUGACAACGAAAACUCAAACACAAACAUCGGUCAGCGAUUCAGAACCAUUGAAAAACAUCAAUGGUGAACCAGGUUCACUUAAUUCGUCAAGAAGAAGUAGUACAACAAAGAAAGUACAUUCGCAUCGUAAACCAUCGAAAAUAAUCGCUGAAAUACCAGUGUCCAACAUGCAAAUCUUACCCGAAAUCAAUCACGCGAAUGUACCUUUUCAGAAUGGAUAUCAGUAUUAUCAACAAAACGUUUCAUAUCCACCGACACCUUCACAUCGAUUUGCAACUCCAUGGGCUGACUUUUACAUCUAUCAAUAA